GGCAGCCUGCCCCAGGGACAGACACUACCGCCCCUCCCAGCAAAGCCUGGUUUUCGGGGGCGGGGGGGCGAUGUUCUCUUCUGCCAGAAACAGCCAAAAUCUGCUCAAACCUGUUGGUUGUGCUCCUGUUACCAGGGAAACCAAGCUCUCCGUAGGUGUGCCUGAGGUCUGGGGGGCGGUAUGCGCCUCCUGGCAGUGUGUUGGUAGAAGCGGGGGCGGGACAGAGUGAGUGAGUGAAUGAGUGGGGAGACUGCUUUGUGUGCGUCGCUGCUCCUUUCCCCAACUGUGUGUCUCUGUCUUUCUGUGUAUCUCUCUCUCUCUGUCUGUGUGUGUGUGUGUCUCUGUGUCUCUCUCUCUCUGUGUGUGCCUCUCUCUUUGUGUGUGUCUCUCUCUGUCUGUGUCUCUCUCUCUUAGUGUGUGUCUGUGUGUGUCUCUCUCUCUCAGUGUGUGUGUGUGCAAUUGCCGGGCUGCUUCAUCGCAACUCCUCUUCAUUUAUUUAUUUUCCGCCUUCGCGACCAGUUGCUUGGUCCCGGAGGAGCUGAUGCCGCUCAGCCCCGCUUGAGCCCUCCCGCUGCCAUGCAGCACCUCGGCCCGGGGGCUGCCAAACAAGGCAAGAGGCUGAAGAGGGCAUCAGUCCGGCAUUGCCUGUCGACUCCCAGCCUGCGGGGCCUGUUCACCAUCAGCGAGGAAGAGGAACGAUGCAGAGAUGCAGCGAUGAGGAGACUGAGUGCUGCUGACAUCAAGAUUGUGGCGGAAAAGAGUCCAACCAAUGACGUACAUGGAGAGAAGGGGCCAGCCAAUGACGUACAUGGAGAGAAGGGGCCAGCCAAUGACGUACAUGGAGAGAAGGGGCCAGCCAAUGACGUACAAGGAGUGAAGGGGCCAGCCAAUGACGUACAAGGAGUGAAGGAGCCAGCCAAUGACGUACAAGGAGUGAAGGGGCCAGCCAAUGAUGAGGAAGGAGAGAAGGGGCCAGCCAAUGAUGUACAAGGAGAGAAGGGGCCAGCCAUCGAUGAGGAAGGAGAGAAGGGGCCAGCCAAUGAUGAGGAAGGAGAGAAGGGGCCAGCCAAUGAUGAGAAGGGAGAGAAGAGCCUAGGCAAGGAGGAUGAGGCAGAGAAGGGUCUAGCUAAGGAUGAGCCACAUCCUGGCCCCUCCAGAUCCACUGCUUUGGGCAAAAGCCCUCGAGGAAAACAAGAUGGACUGAAGGCUGAGGACAGGCAGAGACUUGCACGACAGCGCAGGGAGGAACGGGCAAAAACUCUCGCUGCUAAGAAGUCAAUAUGGCUGGAAAGGGAAGAAAAGGCAAAAAUGCUCCGAGAGAAACAAAUGGAGGAUCGCAGGAAGAGGCUAGAGGAACAGAGGCUGAAAAUAGAGAAGAGGCGAGCUAUACUCGAGGAAAGACAGCGACUAAAGCUUCAGAAAAACAAGGAACGUUACGAGGCUGUGGUACAGCGCUCGACCAAGAAAACCUGGGCAGAGAUCCGUCAGCAGCGGUGGUCCUGGGCCGGAGCACUGCCCCAUACCCUGAGUGUGCACAAAGACAGGUCAAACAGUUGCUCUCUCUCCGCUGUCAAUCUGCCCAAACAUGUGGAUUCCAUGUUAAACAAAAGACUGUCCAAGUCCUCAGCCACACUCUGGAAUUCCCCCAGCAGAACUCGCCGUUUGCAGCUGAGCCCCUGGGAGAGCAGUAUUGUGGACCGCCUGAUGACUCCAACACUGUCCUUCCUCGCCAGGAGCAGGAGUGUUGCUGUUUUAAUGGGUAACGGCCGAGAUACAGUUGUUCCUCUCUGUCCUCGAUCGUCCUCAGCCAGUCCGAUCGCCCCGAGCAGUGGCAAAACCCCUCACAGAUGCUCGAACCGAUGGAGAGCUGCCCUGAGCACGCCGGAUAUGCUAGGACGACACAAGACUGAUCUCCCCCUGAGUGAAAGCAAGAAGAAGGAGAAAAAGGAUAAGGAGCGGGAGAAUGCCAAGGAAAAGCACGCGCUGUUGAAUUCGGGGAGCAUGGCUGACAAGAUGAUGAGGAAACGACAGUCUCUUCCAAUUGUCAGGAGCAAAGAGUCAGUGGCAAGAGAAGCCAGGUUGAAGAAUCGGUCAUUGCCCAGCUCGCCCAGACGUCGGACAUUGGUUACCAGCAGUAGUCCUGCAGUCCCUUUGGUGCCACCGACAGCAGGCAGCAGCACCACAACAAGGAAGUCAAAAGCCAGAGGCGAGAACCGAAAGGCGAAGGAAAGCUGCCUGAAACGGAAAGAGGAGAAGGACGAGGAGCCGAAGGAAAGUUCCAGACCUUCGUCAGCCAGCAGCCUAAAAACAAAGGAGAUCCCUGUUGAGACUCCUGAGCCAGCUCAUGGUUCACCUGCUAAAACAAUUGCAGGAACCACAGACCCUGAGGAAGCCAUGAGAGUCCUCGCAGAGAAACGACGGUUAGCGAGAGAACAGAGGGAGCGGGAGGAGCAGGAGAGAAAGGAACAGGAGGAGAAGAUGAGACAGAUGAAGGAGGAAAUUGCCCGCAGAAAGGCCGAGGAGAGAGCCCAGCGCAUGGCUGACGCUCUUCGCCUUGAAGAGGACCGUCAGAAACGUGAAGAAGAGCAACGUCUCGAGGAAGAGGAGUGUCAGCAGAGAGCGGCUGAAGCUGAGCGAGAGGAAAUGGAGCGCUUGCAGAAACAGAGAGAAGAGGCAGAAGCUCGAGCACGUGAGGAGGCAGAGAAACAGAGACUGGAACGAGAGAGACACUUCCAGAAGGAAGAGCAGGAACGGUCAGAGAGAAGGAAGCGCCUGGAACAGAUUAUGAAAAGGACCAGGAGAUCAGAUUGUCUGGAUAAGAAAGACGACAAAAAGUCAACCGCUGAUGGGGAGCCAGACGACAAGGAGACAAAGGCAGAGACAAAGGACGCUGGUCCUGUUGGUGUGCAGAGUGAAUUUCGUCGGGAGGCACCAGGUAAAUACGAUGCCAGGGACUCGUCUGUCAACACCACAAACCUUCCAUCACAGGAUCGCCCUCUCGGGGAGCUGAGUGUCCCUCCAAAAGAAGAUGGUGGUGGGAAGGAAGUGGUCAUCACCAACACAGCGCGGCUGAACCAGCAGGAAAACGGGAUCGGCACCAAGGAGGUGGAAUCCCGGGACUUUGAGGAGAUCAUUCAGCUGUCGAAUCACACAGGCUGCUUAAAGGAGAGUGUGGAGAGUAACGGUGAGAAAACAUGCCUCAGCAGUCAGACACCUGACGAGAUUCCAGUCAAUCCCAUCAUGGCGUUCGAGGAAGGAAGUUCCUUCAUUAAGAAAACAACAGGAAUCCAAUCCCAGCAUGUAGCAGAAAUCCUCUGAAGGGCUGAGGCGGGAAUGUGCUCCUCUCUCGCUCCCCUCCGCUACUCCCACCACCCCCCUUCCCCCUUCCCCCCCCCCACCCUGAGCCACCACGCACGGCAUUGUACUCAGUGUUGGAUCUGGAAGGAGCUCGCCGGUGAGAGGGGAAAGAGACGACAGCGAGGCGUGUUAUCACACAGACCGCACAAAUCCCCACAGCCAUCGAGCGACACUUCCUUUUACUUUGUUGUGCUGUUUUUAUUUUAAAUGUUUUUCAAAGUGUUUACGGAACAGUAACUUCCACAUGCGGAGACGGUGGGGGCGAACACAAAACCCCAGAAGAUUCGAGAGUGACCUGUGGAAAGACGCAGUCCUUCCCACGAGCUUUCUUCACCUGUACUGUACACCAUGUGCUGACAGUGUCUCUAAUGUGCACCUUAUUAAAACUGACACUCUAAUUCUAUAUUGUCAGUAAAGAACUAAAGGCACUCGGACAGACGAGUGUGUGACAGAGCGAUGGUUAUUGUAUCACCUGUGAUCAUGUUCUUAUUUAACUUGAAAUAAUAAUAAACUACUGGGUACAGUGUAUGUGAAUAUGUAAAUAAACCUGUCAGUGUUACACCAGGGAA